AUGAACAUCGUGGUGGAGUUCUUCGUGGUCACUUUCAAAGUGCUCUGGGCGUUCGUGCUGGCCGCGGCGCGCUGGUUGGUGCGGCCCAAGGAGAAGAGCGUGGCCGGCCAGGUGUGCCUCAUUACGGGCGCCGGCAGCGGCCUGGGCCGCCUCUUCGCGCUGGAGUUCGCCCGGCGCCGGGCGCUGCUGGUGCUCUGGGACAUCAACACCCAGAGCAACGAGGAGACGGCGGGCAUGGUGCGCCACAUCUACCGCGACCUGGAGGCGGCCGACGCCGCGGCGCUGCAAGCGGGGAACGGUGAGGAAGAAAUUCUGCCCCACUGUAACCUGCAGGUUUUUACCUACACCUGUGAUGUGGGAAAGAGGGAGAACGUCUACCUGACAGCGGAAAGGGUCCGGAAGGAAGUUGGCGAGGUCUCCGUCCUGGUCAAUAAUGCCGGCGUGGUGUCUGGGCAUCACCUCCUGGAAUGUCCCGAUGAGCUCAUUGAGAGAACCAUGAUGGUCAAUUGCCAUGCACACUUCUGGACCACUAAGGCUUUUCUUCCUACCAUGCUGGAGAUUAAUCAUGGUCAUAUUGUGACAGUUGCGAGUUCCUUGGGAUUGUUCAGCACUGCUGGAGUUGAGGACUACUGCGCCAGUAAAUUUGGAGUCGUGGGUUUUCAUGAAUCCCUAAGCCAUGAGUUAAAGGCCGCAGAGAAGGAUGGAAUUAAAACAACGUUGGUCUGCCCUUACCUGGUGGACACUGGCAUGUUCAGGGGCUGCCGAAUCAGGAAAGAAAUCGAGCCUUUCCUGCCCCCUCUGAAGCCUGAUUACUGCGUGAAGCAGGCCAUGAAGGCCAUCCUCACCGACCAGCCCAUGAUCUGCACCCCCCGGCUCAUGUACAUCGUGACCUUCAUGAAGAGCAUCCUCCCUUUUGAAGCAGUUGUGUGCAUGUAUCGGUUCCUAGGAGCAGACAAGUGUAUGUACCCCUUUAUCGCUCAGAGGAAACAAGCCACAAACAACAACGAAGCAAAAAACGGAAUCUGAGGGUCUUAUUUGUAUAAAAUAUCAUUUCUACCAGAAGACGAUCAGGAGGACAUCUUAGUGCGACCCACAUCAGCUUGACUGAUACUCUCUGGAUUCUACGUCUGUGUUUUUUUUUUUUGUUUUUCAAAUCAGCUUUUUACAAAAAUAAAUAAAGUGUAAAUUAACUGACUAGAGUACUUGGAAAACAUGAUCAGCAAAAGUGAGCUUAAGUCAUUGCCAACGGGGUCCUUUGCAGGCAGAACCCUAAGACCAGUCCAGUCUUUUAGACAACCGCUGUGUGAUGUCGCCAGGCCACCAUUAUUAUUAUUAUUUUCGGAAUGAACAGGAAGUCUCAAGAUGAUAAUGACUGUGUGUUUCACGUGUUUGUUUUCCUUCAUUCCCAUAGAGUUAUUAAUUCUUGUAAUUAAUCUCUAGCAAGUUGACACCCUUGCAACUUCAAGGACUGACAGUGCUGUAUUUUCUCAUGUUUUCUAAAUUUCAGCUCUGUAAAGCCUGUGUGGCUCUUUCAUGGUGUGUGUAUAUACAGCCCUUUUAAAAAGGCAUUUUGAAAUCCCCACCAAUUGGAAGUAGAGGAUGUCUGAUUGUUACAGUAAAGUCAUGUGAUCAGGUCUCUUUGUUAAAGUCACAACGACCGAAUUGUUGGUCGAAUUUUAAAAUGUAUCUCUGAGGUCUUUCCUUAAGGAUCUAUUCCUCUGGAGACCUAUUUAUCGAAAAAAAAAAAAAAAAUCAUAGAUUUUCUACCUGUGAAUUUUGCUGCAUACAGAAAGUGCCCUUUCCUAAGAAAGUUGCUGUGUUUCAUUUCUUCAGUUGGACUUUGAUCUAGAAUACAUAGCAGCUCUGCAAAGAAACAGUUUCUAAAAGUGUGAACUUGUGCACCUAAAAACGUCCCCAUUUCUGUGCCAACUAUGAUUAGCAGGGGGGGAUAAAUCUUACACUAUGGAAUACAUAUGGAAGGGUGUAAAGAUUCUUUUGAAAGUUUUAUUCACAUUGUAGAACAGCAAAUGACAUUUUUACAGUAUUUUUUUGUAAAGCAAACUAUUUUGUGCCUUGAAUUUGGUAAAUGUGUAUUAGUGAAACAUUGUAAAAGUGAACUUCUACCUCUGUAUCUAAAUGUAUACCAUCCACUUGUAAAUUACUAUAAACUAUUAUGUGAUUGCUCUCUUUUUUAGAAUGUCUUGUUUAAAUAGUGGCCAAUGUUUUAGGCUAUUCAAAUAAGCCAUCUUUUACUAAUUAAUUGGGAGAUUUUAUAAAGGAGUGAUUAAAUUUAAAGA